AUGGCCCGAUUUGGAGAAGACGUUCCGGUCUUGUUGAGCUCAGGAGAUGGAGGAUCCGAGCGCAACAGGAACCGCGAUGGAGCGGCUGUGUCCACCGGUGGCAUCUCCCCAGCCUUCAAGCAAACCAAAGCGCAGCGAGCUCGCACCAUGGCUCUGUACAACCCUAUACCAGUGCGGGAAAACUGCUUCACCGUCAACCGCUCUCUCUUCAUCUUUGGUGAGGACAACAUGGUCAGGAAGUAUGCCAAGAAGAUCAUUGAGUGGCCAUAUCCUUUGGUGUAA